AUGGCUGUUUUCAGUGGUCCCCAUGCUCGGGGUGAUGGAGGGAGUAGUGAUGAAGACAAUGAGUUUACUGUUGAGGAAGAUGAUGAUACUUUUUGUGAAGAAGAUAACAUGUCAUUAGAUAAUGUGGAUGCCUUAAUAUUGACUGAUGAUGAAGAUGCAAGCUCUUUAUCAUCUAAUCGCAAAACUGAUUCAUUAAAAUCUAUAGAUGAAUCUGAUUUGGAUUUGGAAGAGGGUGUUGUGACAAGUGGGUGCAAAAAGUAUAAUCCAGAUGAGAUGUGCAAAGACUAUAUCUUUGAACUUGGAAUGGAGUUCACCUCAAUUACUCAAUUUAGGGAAGCUGUUUGGGAGUAUUCACUUUUGAAUGGGUAUGAAACAAUAUACAUUAAAAAUGAUAGUGUAAGGUGCCGUAUAAAGUGUGUACGUUGUGAUUGGUUAAUAUUUAUGAGUAAGGAGAGGGAUUCCAUGACAUAUCGUUUGAAGACUUAUAAUCCAAGACACACUUGUGGUGUGCCUUUUAGUUCUAAGAAUGUUUCAUCUAAAUGGGUGUCAGAAAAGAUUAAAAAUAGAAUAAAGAAAAAUAAGAAUAUGAGUCUUGGAGAUGUGAUAUCCACAAUUAAAGAAGAUUAUAUAGCAGAUGUGUCAGUGCCUAAGGCUUAUUGGGCACGAAGAAAGGCAAAACAAGCUAUUGAAGGUGAUUUUGUAGAUGAGUAUAAGAGACUAUGGGAUUACAACAAUAAGGUCCUCUCAAAAAGUCUUGAAACUACAUUCAAAAUUUUGACAGAUCGUCCCUUUAUUGAUAGAGCACCAAGAUUCAAAAGAUUAUAUCUUUGUUUGGAUGCUGUCAAGAUAGGAUUUUUAGCAGCAUGUAGACCAAUCAUUGGCUUAGAUGGAUGCUUUUUGAAGGGACCUUAUGGUGGAAUAUUGCUGGUAGCAGUAGGACGUGAUCCAAAUGAGCAGUAUUUUCCUUUAGCAAUAGCUAUUGUUGAAGGUGAAAAUCGAGAUUCAUGGUCAUGGUUUCUUGAGCAUAUUCUAAAUGACAUAGGAAGAACACAAAGAUGGGUCUUUAUUUCUGACCAACAGAAGGGAUUAAUGCCAACAUUUGAGUCACUUCUUCCUGAAGUUGAGCAUCGCUUAUGUGUUAGGCAUUUAUAUGCCAACAUUAAGAGUAGAUAUAGUGGUGGGUCUGUGAUUAGAGAUUUGGUGUUGCAAGCUGCGAAAGCAACAUAUGUCAAUGGAUGGAAGCAAAAAUGCAUGAGUUGA